GGCACUGCAUGCGAAUUGUCGGCCGCGUCCGGGCAAUGCAAGGUUAGUUAUUAACUUAGCCUUUCCAGUCACUUCUGGGGAACCAAGAGCCGGGCAGUCGCCCUGCCGAGGUAUGCUGCCGCCCGGUGCUCACAUCUUAGUAUGGCUGACCGCGAGCACUGCCCACCGGAGAGCGAUUUUGCAGCGGCCGACCACGUAACGGUCGUGUUCCAAAAAGUUGCCAGUCAUGGCGAACAUAGCAGCAGCGAAGACGGCUGUUGUUGCAGCGACAGCGAGCCGUCCAAGGAGAAGAUCCACUUCCGAGCGUGGCGCUACCUCGACGGGGAUGCCGAGGAGGACACGGCCGCUUCCAAGUUGCCGGACAGCGGCGAGAGCGAAACGCUCAGUUGGCCGGAGUCGCACGUCACAAGGAAGGCAGCAUCCACCGACCAGAGCGCAAGCCAAGAGAAACCUAAGAGAUGCCCCGGUCUUGGUUUGUUUUAUGCCUUUCUGUCCACAGUCUUCUUUUCCAUCAUCUCCCUCUUGGUAAAGACCAUCCAGGGAGUGCACGCUAUCGAGAUCAGCGGCAUCCGCUGCUUCUUCCAGAUGCUCUUCAUCGCGCCCUUACUUAUUUACCACAAGACAGGCUUCCUGGGUCCCCGGAAUAAACGCCCGUAUCUAAUGCUGCGAGGCUUCCUGGGCUCCAACGCCAUGAUCCUGCUCUUCUACGCUGUGCAGCAGAUGCCUCUGGCCGAUGCCAUCGUCAUCAUGUUCAGUAAUCCCGUCUUCACUUCGCUGCUGGCUUGGGUCUUCCUGAAGGAGAGGUGUACCAUCUGGGACUGCGUGUUCACCGUCUUCACCUUGACCGGGGUCAUCCUCAUCGCCCGGCCGCCCUUUCUCUUCGGAGAACAUAUCCAGGGAAUCGAGGGAAACUACACAAACCACAUCAAGGGAACGAUCGCGGCUUUUGCAGGUGCAAUUGGAGCCGCGUGUACCAUGGUUGUACUCCGCAAGAUAGGAAAGAGCGUCCAUUACUACCUCUCGGUGUGGUAUUACGCCGUCAUCGGUUUCAUCGAGUGCGUCAUCACCGUCAGCAUCUUGGGCGAAUGGAAGCUGCCCUUUUGCGGCCAAGACCGCUGGCUGCUGAUGUUGAUCGCCGUGCUGGGCAUCGCCGGCCAAAGCUUCCUGACCAAAGCGCUGCAGCGAGAGGAGGCCGGCCCCGUGGCCCUGACCAGGACGGUGGACGUGGUGCUGGCUUUCUUCUUCCAGUUCAUCUUCUUGGGCCACGCGCCCAGCUGGUGGAGCCUCGGCGGGGCCCUGUGCAUCGUGUUGAGCACCAGCGGCGUGGCGUUGAGGAAGUGGUACAUCAACUCACGCAAGAGCUGAAUGCCAGUCAUUAGGUAUCAUUGCUAUUCAUUGUUUUCGCUUUCAUCCGCUAGCGCUCUCUGUUCCUUCUGUGCUUUAUUUGUUACGAAGCAAACCUACAGCGGUGGAGCCCACCAUCAAGUAAGAAGGCUAAACUUGCACCUUUUUGUCUAUUAUGUGCAAUACAAAAAAUGCUGAACAACGAUUUGAUUAAGAACGGCCUUAGCUCGCUAUCCCUCGCAUUAUCAAAGUCGAGCCUAAAUGAAAUAAACAAAACCAGCAUUAGGACCACUUGCACUGUGCCCCCCCCUCAAAAAUAGUCUUAAAAAAGACGUGAAUAAGAAACCCAGCAUGAUGCGCACCAGCAGUUUUAGCACUUAAGCUCAGGAUGGUGUUUUUGUUUGUCGAUUCAAUUCCACACAAUCAGAAUUGCUAACAAUUGAAUUCCUACACCUUAAACAUUUUAUUUUAAGCACGUAUGGAGCUUUUUGUUACAUUUCUCGGUUUACGUGUAGUAGGGUUCUCUCAGGGAUCGCUUGAAUUAACCACUGGAAGAAUUAAUUCCCUCUACCAAAACAUAUGUGAACAGCAAUGUACUGUAACUUGAUAUUUGAACUAGAAAUGUGCCUUGGCUGCAAAGAAGCAGCUUUGGGCAAAAAAGAAAAAAAAAAAAAUUGGGGCACGUGACCAAACAAGAUGUUUAGCUAGCCCAAAUAUUGAAUGAUAAACUAAUAGUUGUGUUCCAAUACUUGCACUGAAGGUUCAUAAAAGCCCCUUGGAAGAAUUAUAGACUGAAAUGCUGUAAGAACUAAAUUUGCUAAAAGCUUUAAAAAAAAAAAAGUUAGAAGUUGUGCUUUCACUUCUAUUUAUUUCUGUCAUUUUUGACAUUCUAUCCAUUUCUACAUAUAAAUAGAUUCUAUUUCUGACAUGGUUCAGUAAUAAAGUACCAAUGAUCUUAUUCAUUUA